GAACCCCCGCGCGAGUUUCCAAGGUACACGCAGGCGGGCUUGGCGAGACAGCGCAAAGAAUUGCGUUGUCGCCCUUGGCAGGAGCGUGCAACUUUCGCUUGCUCGCUCGGAGAAAAGCCAGCCAGGAGCAGUGGGAGGAGCCUCCCUCAGUAAAAAUGACGGCAGUCACCGUUAUCUAAACGCAAGUGAAGGCAAGGCAGAGAACCCGGAUGUUAUCAGGCUCACGUUUGACAACCUCGCCAGCUUCCAAGAGGGCGGUUUCGUUGUGUCAAUAGGUGAGAAGCCCACACGGAGGCGCGCAGGAGUCACUUCCGCCCGGUUCUCCUUCCCGCAGUCUGCAGCCGGGGUAAGAUGGCGGCGCUGAGGGCUCUGUGCAGCCUCCGGGGCGUAGCGGCCCAGGUGCUGCGGCCCGGGGCUGGGGUCCGACUGCCGAUUCAGCCCAGCAGAGGUGCUCGACAAUGGCAGCCAGAUGUGGAAUGGGCAGAGCAGUUUGGGGGAGCUGUCAUGUACCCAAGCAAGGAAACAGCCCACUGGAAGCCUCCACCUUGGAAUGAUGUGGACCCUCCAAAGGACACAAUGGUGUCGAACCUGACCCUGAACUUUGGGCCCCAACACCCAGCAGCCCAUGGAGUCCUGCGACUAGUGAUGGAAUUGAGUGGGGAGAUGGUGCGGAAGUGUGACCCUCACAUCGGGCUCCUGCACCGAGGCACUGAGAAGCUCAUUGAAUACAAGACCUAUCUGCAGGCCCUUCCAUACUUUGAUCGGCUAGACUACGUAUCCAUGAUGUGUAACGAACAGGCCUAUUCACUGGCUGUGGAGAAGUUGCUAAACAUCCAGCCUCCUCCCCGGGCACAGUGGAUCCGAGUGCUGUUUGGAGAAAUCACACGGCUUUUGAACCACAUCAUGUCUGUGACCACACAUGCCCUGGACAUUGGGGCCAUGACCCCUCUCUUCUGGAUGUUUGAAGAAAGGGAGAAGAUGUUUGAGUUCUACGAGAGAGUGUCUGGAGCUCGAAUGCAUGCUGCUUAUAUCCGGCCAGGAGGCGUGCACCAGGACCUACCCCUUGGGCUUAUGGAUGACAUUUAUGAAUUUUCUAAGAAAUUCUCUCUUCGUAUCGAUGAGUUAGAGGAGAUGCUGACCAACAAUAGGAUCUGGCGAAAUCGAACUGUCGACAUUGGGGUUAUAACAGCAGAAGACGCACUUAACUAUGGCUUUAGUGGAGUGAUGAUCCGGGGCUCAGGCAUCCAGUGGGACCUGCGGAAGACCCAGCCCUAUGACGUUUAUGACCAGGUCGAGUUUGAUGUUCCCAUUGGCUCUCGAGGGGACUGCUAUGAUAGGUACCUGUGCCGAGUGGAGGAGAUGCGCCAGUCCGUUCGAAUCAUCUCACAGUGUCUGAACAAGAUGCCUCCCGGGGAGAUCAAGGUUGAUGAUGCCAAAGUGUCUCCACCUAAGCGAGCAGAGAUGAAGACUUCCAUGGAGUCUCUGAUCCAUCACUUUAAGUUGUAUACUGAGGGCUACCAAGUUCCUCCGGGAGCCACGUAUACUGCCAUUGAGGCUCCUAAGGGAGAGUUUGGGCUGUACCUGGUGUCUGAUGGUAGCAGCCGCCCUUAUCGAUGCAAGAUCAAGGCUCCUGGUUUUGCCCACCUGGCUGGUUUGGACAAGAUGUCUAAGGGACACAUGUUGGCGGAUGUUGUUGCCAUCAUAGGUACCCAAGAUAUUGUGUUUGGAGAAGUAGAUCGAUGAGCAGACAAACAAACAGCAUUUGAUUUCUGCCUGUCAGCUUCUUCUGUGGAGCCUGUCCCUCACUGGAUAUGGGGCUGUGUGUGUGUGCAUGUGUGUGUGUGUACAUGUAUAUGUACACUUAGCUGUUGAGCUUUCUGUGCAUGUACUACAAAAGGAGAAAUUACAAUAAAUUAGCUGCCUUGCGGCCCCUCGGCC